AUGGAGGAAAUAAAAACACUCGAAAAAAUAUUAGAUGUGGUUAUCGUUGGCGCUGGUAUAAGUGGUUUAUCAGCUGCGUAUCUUUUACAGCAACAGCACGGCGAGUUGAAAACUGUUGUACUUGAGGCGAGGGAUAGAGUUGGAGGGAGAACACACACUCUCGAGAGAGACGAAGUAAAAUAUGUCGACCUUGGCGGAUCGUAUGUGGGACCUACCCAGAACCGUAUUUUACGAAUGGCUAAGCACCUCGGUAUUAAAACAUACAAGGUGUACGUCGAGGGCAAAGAUACGGAACAUUUUGGAGGUAGACCAUCGUUUUACCGCGGUGAUCAUUCGACGUGGAAUAUCCUUGCCAUUUUGGAUUAUUACGCUCAGAUUCGUAAGUUAGAUAACAUGUGCGAUCAAGUGCCAUUAGUUUCGCCCUGGAAAGCAGAGCGGGCCAAGGAAUGGGAUACAGUGACGGCGAAAGAAUAUUUCGAUAAUUCCUGCUGUACAAGUUAUGCGAAAAGGCGAAUGUAUCAAGUUUUUCACGACGCGAUGGCAGCCGAACCCUAUGACAUGUCCUUGUUGUAUUAUUUAUGGUAUUUGAAAAGUGCAGGCGGCGUUUGUCGUAUUGCUGAUGUCGAGAAUGCCGGGCAGGAACGCAAAUUCAAAGGAGGCUCCCAGCAGAUCAGUAAGAAGCUUGCAGAAAUCUUGGGUGACAAGGUAAUUUUGGGAAUGUUUGUAUAUUUUAGUGUUUAUUUAUUUUAUAUCAAAUGUCUUGCAUGGCAAAUUUGCUAUAAUAAUAAUUGUGACUCAAUAUCUAUGCUAAUGUUGAUGUUUUGAAAGUUAUUAAUAUUUGAUAUACUUACACUUGUGCCAUUAAUAGAAGCGCCAUGCCAUAAAGUCUUGAAAAGUGUGUGUUUAUAUGGAGGUGAACCAGUCCGGGCAUCCAAGCUGUCUCGCUUUGGCAUGAUCUAAUGUCACCAUGUAUAAAUUUAUACAGUAUUUUUACAUUGCCCAUUUACAUGAUAUGACCAGCCGUAUAUGAUUGUCAUUCUGGUGUAUGGAAAUAUUUGCCGAGACCACUAUUCCUGUCCAUGAAUUGAUGGCUGAAUUUGAAAUGUGACAUACAGUACAGACUGCGAGUAAUUUGAUGCGAGUUACGAGUCACUCACAAGUUAUGAAUGUGCAACAUGCGUUACAGGCCUCAAAUUUCCCUGAAAUCAAUCGAUGGCAAUGUCAUUAGAAAUUGCCGUAGAACGUAACAGCUGUCUAUGGCAAUUUUGGCAUUUUUACAAAUUAAUAAAAAUUUAAUUUUAUAAUUGUUACUUUGGAUUGUUGACAAGCUAGAAACAUGUUUACGUAUUUCUUUAGUGUUUUUUUUCGAAGAAAACUAAGUAAUUUACACAUGAUUUGAUCAAUAGACAAUAUUGAACCAAUUAUACUUUAAUUUGCAAGCUCAAGAACAUCAAAUAGCAUGUUAACAACAUAACAAUGUCAUCGAAAAAAAUAAUUUACAACAUAUUUACGUAUACAUUAUAUUGUAUACCUAUAAGCUGGCUAUUAUUUAAUUAACAAAGUGUUAAGACUUAAGAUACUAAGGCAGCCUUCUAUUUGCAAUUAUUUUUUAACAGAAAACGUUAUUUUUUUUGUCUCACAAAAUUACACUAUACGGCAAAAAAUUGCCGUCAUUGCCGCAAUGAUUCACGGUAUUUUGCAAGUUACAAGUUGGGGAAUAGCGGAGGCACUGCCGUAGUAAUAUAACACCCGAGCACAUUGAAAUAACUUUUAUGAUACAUUCGGACAAAGUUCUAAACCAGUAAUUAAUGCGAUUCAGCCAGACUAUAAAUUCGACGUUUUACACAUGAACUCAAUUUAAAAGUGUGUCGCAAAUCUUGGCAGUCUCAAUAUGGGUUAAUAAUAAAAUAUAAUAAGACCAAACCGACCUCACAAAUGUUCAUUAGAAGAAUAUCCAGUCAGCAAUAUCAUCCUUAAUCAAAUAAUGAUCCAUUGUGAAAAAGAUGGUUUAUUGUUUUGAUCAUAUUAAUGCGGCAGGAAUUCUUGUAUUCAUAUUAUAAUAAAUCUCGCUUAACAUGCGAUCACUCAGUGAACGAAUAGCAAGAGCAUAUAGAGUAAUAGCACACGACUUAAGCACGACAGUUCUUUGGAGGGUAUAGCUCUGUUGGAGAGGAUGCACGCUACGUUUAGCAAGGCUGCUGUAACCACGAACUGAAGUUAAUUUGGCUGUCAAGUAGGUACUCAAGCUACCGACCAACGACUAUCCCGGCUUGGCAAAUCCCAAUGAUGCCGAGAAUUCACCUCUCCAACGCCAUCCUCCAGCGCAGCUGGAGAAGGGAUUCGAGGCACGAACCCCCUCCAAAGGCGUUCCCAACCCCCAAGCGUAACUCAGACUAACCGCCCUAGUCGGAAACCCGAUUAGCCCCCCGCCGAAAUUCGGUGAGGACGAGUGGAGUAACGGCCGCCACAGGGGUAUUAACCCCUACAGGUACACGAGCUAAAGAAGUAACGGGCAAUAAGCUGCAAAACAGUGGUAUAAUAAUACAAACAAAGCUAACGUAAAUACAAACAUUAUCGCUAAGUAGCACGCCAAGUACCUUAGUACCAUGUCAAUAAAGAAGUACAUAGACUGAUUAGCAACAUAGCAAAUAAUAGACGGUAAUAGUAACACACCAAAAGAGGAACCUGCCCCAACAUACGUGACGCCUCCCACAAACCUGCACGUUGCAUCCCCAUAAGCUGAUUGUUAACGGCAGCUGGCGUUGUUAAUGGCAAGCCCUCUGCGUAAGGCUUAAAGCCUGCUAAUGAACGGGAUUCGGGAGCGCCUACGGAAGGAUGGGAUUUACUAGGCCCUGCUCAGUGGUAGAAGGGAGUCGGGGGCGGCUGUGGGAUGGGAUUCAGCGUCGCCGACUGGAGGAUGGAAUUUAGCGGCGCCUGCUGGUGGAUGGAAGUUAGCGGCACCUGCUGGUGGAUGGGAUGUAAUGACUGAGCCGUGCUAGAAGGGACUGGGCCAAGGUGACAAGAUGGCUGACCAGAAAAACAAGGACGAAGGAGACACGUAUGAAAACAUUGGUUGUGACGCUUGUUGUAGCAUUGUAGGUCGAUGCUGUAAGCUGGAAACCGGCCAAGGGGGAUGAGGCAGAUAUGGAAGUGGGAAAGCAGUGGCAUUGAACGAUGGAAUCGGCGACAGAACUGCAGCUAGUAAAUAAUGCAUGAGUCAAUUCCUGGAGUAACCAUCCCCCCCCCCGGGAAUUUGGCCGAAUUUUGGCCAAUUCACGGGGGUCGGGAAUUUGCCUUUCAUAUAUGUGCACGGGGACCGGGUAUUGGAGGACCCCGGGGAUUUGACAAAUGGUUGACCAAAAUCCCACCCACAAAUUUUAAGGCAGCAAAACCUAGUUUCAGGCACGCAUGUUGGGCGCGCUGAUCGUAUUUUGCAAAAUUAUACCCUGUGCCAUGCAAAUUUAAAUACAACUAUUAAAGGUUUAUGCUUUAUAAUAUUCCAUAGCAGUUUAAUACUAUAAUGAUAUUAAAUGACUAUGAUUAUAUGCCAUUAAAAGUUUAAUUAACGUUUACAGUCGAUUUCACGAAACUUUGACCACAAAUUUUCCGAACUUCGUUGCGAAGUUCAAAAGUUCAUAAUGAGAUUCACAAACCAGUUCGUAAACUACGCAUUUGAUUGGCUUCUUUUACUUCACGGACCAAUCAGGGACUUUGUUUACAAAUUGGCUUGUGAAUUCCAAUAUGAGCUUCCGAACUUCGCAACGAACUUGCGAACUUCGCAACGAAGUUCGGAACAUUUGUGGUCAAAGUUUCGUGAAAUCGACUGUAAAAUCGUCCCCGGGGUGGGGCAUUUUCCACUCUCAGCUUACCCAGGGGCCGUGCAUUAGUCUUCAAGUUGUGUCCCGGCACCCGGGCAUUUACACUAUCAUAACCAAUCAAAUCAAAUGUCCGGGUGUGUUCCCGGGGGGGGGGGGAUGGUUACUCCUGGAAUUGACUCAUGCAUUAUAGGCACCGCAGCAGACGAGUAGACGACGAACCGAAGAGCCAGCGAGGGAACACUGCGAGGCAGGAACGACCAAGGGAGCGGGAAAACAAACUGUCGAGGACGACGAAGCUUCGACCACUGAAAUCACAGCAGUAGAGGAACUUGGGGAAAAAUAACCAAGGAGACGUCGACAUAUUAAGACAUUGCUCUCCGAAGAAUGACCAACGGUGGACGGAAACGAAACAGCCGUCAACAACGAAGUAUCCAACGAAAUUGUUGAACUUAGACUAAAGCCAGCUAAGCUAUUAUUUGUUAAUCUCGGCAUUGUAAAGGAGAGAAGACGUUGUGAAUUUGAAGGUCUGCAAGCAAUGAGCUAUACCUGUGAGCUCCACGGCUUAAAUAAUCUCGGUAAACCUGCAUAAUAACUAAUAUGAAUAUAUAAUUAAUAUAUACAUAAACAACACGCACAUAUUCGUUCUCGAAGUUAAUUAUUUUUAUUGCAUAAAAUCAUGUAUUUACAGGUGAGUAUACAAGUGCUAAAUCUAGGGCAAGGUUUACAUGAAAGAUUGCUAGUUCACAAUCGCAAUAUAAAAAUCAUGAUUCUGGUGAUUGCCAGAGAAUAACUUGUCUUUAUAAAAGUAAAACUGAACGCAAAUACUGAAGGUAGGCAGAAAUCAGCCGGUUCACACCAAACAAAGACGUACUCCUAAUUUAUGCGCACUGAAAGUUUGAUUGCGUUCCAAUUAGUUUAGAUCGCACCUUCAGUCGAAGGCAUUGUAUUAAGAAAAACAGAAAGUUUGUUGACUUAAUUAACCCUUUGGCAUACAUUCAUUCAAAUCCCUAAGGUGCAUGCACAACUAUCAAACUGUCUAAGAGCGACAAUUUGGUUACUUGGUAGGUUGUUUCAUAAAUUGCGAUUUCAUAAUCUAGGGCAAGUUAUAGUCUUCUAAAGAACGAAAAAUCAACCAAAUAUUAUGGGUGGCAUUGUGUGCCAUUUAUAAAUCACGUCUGUUUUGAAGAGUGAGGAAUGAAGUAAUGAACGUAUAGCCUAUAUAUUUUCAAUUUUACGACUCCUGAAGAAAUUCGCGGAGCUCGACCCACACAAGCACAGUUGGCAACCUCAUGUUACCCGCUUCUAAGUUUCCAAUUCACAUGCAACUCGUGACGAUUUGUUGCAAUGGACCAUUCCCCAAUUAACCAAAAUUUUGAUCUCAACACGUCUAGACAAAAUUCCAUCAUAGCAUGAAAGAGCAUCACAAAAUUAGUAAUAUUCCAAAGUUUCGUUGCGCAAUGUUGUAAAAUGCGGAUAAUAUAGCCUUGCGAAAUUUGCAAUUUUCAGUCAUUUUAGAUUACAAACGGGAAAUGGUUACCACUUUUCCAAAAUUUCGAUCUUAACUAGCCUAAGCAAAAAUUUCAUCACAGCUUGAAAGAGCAUCACAAAAUUAGUAAUAUUCCAAAGUUUCGUUGCAAAAUGUUGUAAAAUGCGGAUAAUAUAGCCUUGCGAAGUUUGUAAUUUUCAGUCAUUUUGUAUUACGCACAGAACUGAAGUGGUAACCAUUUCCCGUUUGUAAUCUAAAAUGACUGAAAAUUGCAAACUUCGCAAGGCUAUAUUAUCCGCAUUUUACAACAUUUUGCAACGAAACUUUGGAAUAUUACUAAUUUUGUGAUGCUCUUUCAAGCUGUGAUGAAAUUUUUGUUGAGUUCAAAAUUUUGGUUAAUUCGGGAAUGGUCCAUUGAUUUCACAAGUCGCGACGAGUUAUCAUUUCACAAGUCGUGACGAGUUGUCAUAUAACAGCAUACAAAGUCACAGACACAUGCGCCCUUGGAUUAUAUCCGUAUACGUGAGUCGGCCUCGACUCGAAGGCCUUUGAUUUAUACUUGCAUGCAUGCAUUCAGCCCGUUAGCCUUUUACUACAUCUGUAAACAUACACUAUAUUUUAGGUAGUCUUAUCGUCGCCUGUAUGUAGCAUCGAACAGAAAGUUGACCAUGCAAUUGUGAGAUGUUUGAAUGGCAAGGUUUACAAAACUAGAUAUGUUAUAAGUGCCAUACCACAUGCCCUGCUACGGAGUAUUUCGUUUUCACCACCUCUGUCAGCUCUGAAGAACCAACUGAUCCAGAAGAUGCCUAUGGGUUCAGUUAUUAAGACAAUUACAUACUAUGAAGAUGCCUGGUGGCGUGAGCAGGGUCUCUCUGGUGUCUUGAUUGCAAAUGCUGAUUCUGGUCCUGUUUAUGUAACCCUAGACGACUCUAAACCUGAUGGAUCUUAUCCUGCAUUAAUGGGGUAACUUUGCUUCAUACUUCAUAGUAUUUUGUGUUUUUAUGAUUGCUUUACUGCAUGGUACUGUCAUUUACCAUGUAUUUUACAGUAUGUAUAUACUAGUGUAAGGCAGUUUUUGUAUGCCAACUGAUUAAUUCUUGAAAUAACACAUACUGUAACUAUGUAUGAAACAAACUCUGAAUAUUUCCAUGUUGAACUCAAUAUUCGAGAAACAGUCUUCUCGUUAUAAAUCGUGUGUCCUCUUGUUUUUCUCAAAUAUUUUGUUCAAGAUGGAACUUCUAUUCGGAGUUUGGUUACAGUAAAACAACCAGUAAGUUAGUCUCAGAAGAUUCAAAAUGAAUCUGAGACAACCAAUUUGUUAGUUGUUUUAACCAAUUCGUUUUUACAGUGUGCAUUCACCAUUUCUAAAAAGUAUCGGUUGUUUGGUAUUUCAUUUUAAAAGAAAGAUCGAUAAUCGAUAUACAGAAAAUAUGCUAGCAUGUUUUGUAUUUUCAGUAUAAGCUGGAAAUACAGUAUACUUUAACAGCAUCGGCGUCGCCAUGCAAUCGCCAUAACAAUCACCGCAGGAUCGAUCUAAUAAGAAGAUGGACAAAUAUAUUUGUUUCAUUUGAUGUCUGUUAGGUUGACGAUAAUAAGGUUAAAAAUUCCCAUCUACAAAAAAAAAAAUUACAUUCAGUUCUAUCGAGCGAGAUGCCUCAAAGUUUAAGUUUGCAAGGUUUAACUUCUGAGACAUGGAAAAGUGAGAAUGAAUAAUUCGAUAAAGAACACAGCAGGGGCCGGUUGUAUCAAAGGUGUUUAACUUAGGGGCUGUUCACACUAGCAAUUUAGAUCGAUCAAAAAGCGGUCUCAGUCCGUAUCGGGCCAAGUGUGGACAGCCCAAAACGAACCGAGAUCGAAUCGAGGUCGAAUUAAACUAGACCACCUCGGGAGGUAGUCUCGGAUCGGUUCGCGCAUUUAGACCGAGCUAGUUUUGGUGCUUAGCUGCCUGGCAAUUUUUCGCGCGUUUUUUCUCCAGAGUUUUGAUCGAAAUUGUUCGACCGCCAUUUUUUUUUGUUGUUCGUCGAAGUUCUGCAAAAUAAUCUAGCUUUACCAUGGCUAAACGAGGAGAAACCUGGAGUGAUGAUGAAGUAUUGGCAUUAAUAUCGAUUUGGAGUCAAGAAUCAAUUUUAAAGAUGCUGGCAACAUCACGUAAAAACAAGGACAUAUACGGGAAAAUGAGUGCAAAACUGGAAACCCUGGGGUUCCAACGCGAUUUUACACAAUGUAGAACAAAAGUUAAGCACUUGAAAACCACAUAUAAAAAGUACAAAGAUGCACUGGCUCGUUCAGGGGCUGCAAGAGUGAAAGAACCGAAGUUUUUUGAGCAGCUACAUGUUUUUCUUGGUGACCAACCUGAGGCCACUGGAAUUGAUGCAGCCAUCGAUACUUUGUCUUCGUCAAUUUCAGAAGAAACGGAAAAUAAAUCAGAUCUAGGCAAGUGGAAAUUUAAUCUUUCCUUUGUAUUAUUGUGUUUAACUACAGAUAUUUUUUGCAUAGUCUGCAUGAUUAUCGUUUUCUUGCAGAAAUAUAUCGGUUGUUUAUAAAAUAUUUUGCUAGUUUUGUAAGAAAAAAUUGAUUUUUCCACCUCAAAAUUGCGAUUCCCUCGUUUCUAUUCCCCCUAUACAUGGUGCCAUCACUGCUUGGCCAUUGUUUGGGCAGUGUAUAUAAACAGUAGAAUUUUCUAAAACUAUCUAUAACUGAUUCAAAUUAUAGGCAUUUCAUUUAGCUUUUUUGAUUUUUAGAAUUGGAUUUAAUAAAAAAAUAUGGUGAAGGGAAAAAGUUAGAGAAAAAAUGCAUAAACUGUGGUACUGCAACAAAGAUUCGAACAUCUGGGGUACACAUCAGUGAUAAUGGAUGCAUUGGUGUGUUUUCUGAUGAUGAUGAUGAUUUUGAGUGCUCUGAUUGUGGUUGCAAAGAAGCAGGUACAAGUUUUAUGUGCAUUGGGUUAUUCCAGAAAACAUCCAUACCACACCCACAGAGGAUAUUAACCCUCCUACCCCCUUUGGAUGUCCUAAUACAUUUACUAUUAUCAGGAACAAUGUUUCUCCCCUCCACCUCCGGACGGCAGAAAUUUCCUCCGUGGGGGGAGUAUGGAUCUUUUCUGGAACAACCCAUUGUAAAUUGUGAUACAAGGUUUUUAUAAUUAAUUGAACUGCUUGGCCAUGGAAGGUUGAUAUAUUAGUGCAUAACAGAGUGGCAGUUAGAAUGUUAUAUUGUUAUUAUCUUAAUAGGUGAAGAUAUCCAUGAUUCAAGUGAAGAUGGUGAUGAUGAUGAUGACAAUGCUUCAGAAAUUAUGUCUGAGUUAGAAAAAGCUGUUGGCCAUGAAACUCCAGAUCUUGAUGCACAAGAUUCUGAAGCCAGUGGAUCAAAGCCAUCAAAUGCAAAACGCAAUAUUAUAGGAUCAAUACGAAGUAACAAGAAGAAGCAAAGAUUGUCAAAACAAGAAGAAUUUCAAAAAUGUAUGGAUGAAUUUACAAAAUCCCAAAAGGAAUCAGAUGAAAAAAUUUUGGAAGAAAUGAAACACCAGGUUAAAGUUGAUACUGAGCUACGAAAACAAGAAUUAAAGGCAUAUACUGAUUCGAUGGCAUUACUGGCCAAUGCCAUUUCAAGCAGACAGCAGCCAUCUGUGCAACAACCUCUCAGUAAUCAGUUUUACUUUGAAGAUGAAAACAGCACCAAAACAUAUUAUAAAUUAUAAUAAAUUAUAAAAGAGGAACAGUUUAUCAAACAUAUGACCAUAUUAAUUACAUAAUUUUGGUACUGUUAACGUUUUUAUGAACCAAAAAGGCAAAACACAGCCUUUGUAAAGUUAUAGUUUGCAUGCAUCAGUUUUUGUUAAUAUGUUACGCAUUUUGUGCACUAAAGAAAUUAGUUAGUGCUUGUCGAAUGUUUAUGGCAGUUGCGUCAGGGAUGCGAACAUCAUUAAUUAUGUUGAUAUUAUUAUUAACAUCAUUCUGAAGCCACUCUGGGUUAAACUUUUCCCCAUUCAUUUCACAUAUAUUAUGUAAAGCACAACACGCCGCAAUUUUGACAGGUAACUUCUGCAGGCUUGUAUCAUUUCUCUUAAGAAGACAACGAAAUCGACACUUCAAACGGCCAAAUGCUCCUUAUACUACCAUACGUGCGCUGCUAAGACUUCUAUUGAAUUGGAUUUGACUUCGUGAGAGAUUUCCAUCAUCUUGAAAUCCCUUAAUUAGCCAGGGUAACAAAGGGUAGGCUGCAUCUCCAAUUAGGGUAAUUGGAACUUCACAAUUACUGAUAUUUUCUGUCCACUAAAGAAAGGUAACUGUAUUAUCUUUUAGGGCACAUCAGGGUGCAUUCCACUUAAAGGGUUAUGGGAAUGGGAUCCAUCUAAACGUUAUAAUACCAUGAUAUCUUUAACAGAUUUCAUCACAUCUCAUACUUACGUUGGGGAAGAGUUGCCCUUCUUGGCCCUUAUGAAACAGAGAUGAAUUAGAGAACACUCUAGCAUCAUGCACCUUUCCUGGCCAUUUGAUAUAGAUGUCUAUAAAUCUAAAAGUAUUUAAAAGAGUAUCUUGUAGAUUACAUACACUAUAAAGGUUGCACGUUAUGAACUUAUUUGCACUUUUAUUGUUUACCUGUAUGCAUGAUCCACUACAGCCUGCAUGAUAAUUGAGUAGAAACACUUCCUGUUAUAAUAAUUGGAUGGGUAUUCUGAUGGAGCAGCAAUUGGGACAUGUGUCCCAUCUAUAGCACCUGCACACUGUGGAAAUUGCCAUUCUUCUUUAAACCCUUUUAAUACGGAUUUCAAUGCCUCUCCUGUUGGCCAUUUAAUGACAUUUUGUAAAAGCACAACAGCUAUAGCCUCACACACAUCAUUAACAAUUUGGCAAGCUGUACUCUUGCCAAUAUCAAAUCGCCAGCCUAAAGAUCUCAUGUCUUCGCCUGUUGCAAGAUGCCACAAGCAAACAGCUACUCUUUUUUCGAGUGUAAUGGCUUUACGAAACCUUGUAUCUUUCUUGUGUAAGACUUCGCUUAAUUCUCUACAGAUUGCAAGAAAAGAAUUUCUCGACAUGCGGAAAUUUUCAACCCAGAGAUUGUCAUCGACCCACUGACUUGCGGUUCUUUCCCAAAAUAAACUUUUCCCUCUGCUUGGCUCUUGCCAGAACCUUCUUAGCACCGUCUCUCGACGUAGAUAGAUUUCACUUAGUCUGAGAAAUAAAAUGGCCAUUUUUUUCUUUCUGCGAAAGAAAUAUUUUUCCCACUUACUUUGUCUCCUUUUUAACCUCUUAGCUAAAUCUCUUGCUAUUAUUGCCAAUCCUACAAUCGCGGUGUCCGAAUCCGCCAUAUUGAAAAUUGAUCUUGAUUCUUGACCCCAGUCCCCAUAAUUUGGUACGUUAACUGCAAAAGUUCUGUGCAAGUGUGGACAUUCCACUAAAUUUGGCUCGCGCGAUCUCGGAUCGCUACAAGAUCGAUCCAAAAUUAGACCGAUCUCAACGUUGCUAUGUGUGAACAGCCCCUUAAACGGUGUUUAGCCGCUAUCCAGCGUAUACAUUUCUUAUCCAGCGGAUAGUUAAACGGCCGAUAAAAUUGCGUUGUAUGAAGCCCGUUUAGUACCGCGUUUAACUAUCCGUAGGAUAACCUUGAAUUUAACCAGAGAAAACCGGAUUUUCUUGAAACUUCUUACCUCUACGUCAACUGUUGCUAGGCAUUUGUAAACUUUUGAAGCUUUAUCUAACUUGUGAAUUCCACUAAGCUUUUGUUGUUUUUAUUUGGAGUUUGCUCGUCCAUUCAUUGCUGCAAAUCUAUAUCAAACUUUUCAUUUUCACAUUGUGCUGAGUUUCUCAUUCACUUAAAUUCACUUACGGAUAUUUCUUUAAAGAUUUUUGGCUUCUUUAUGCGAAGAGUCGAAGGCAAUAGCAAAAACUGUGAGUUGUAUUUGGCUUUUGUCAGUUGAUUCAGUUUUAUAUUGUUUGAAAUUUGUUCCUCGACCUUGCACUUUUGUUCAAAACAAUUUUAAGAACAUUUUGUCCCAAGUUUUGAUUGGCUGAUCAAAGCGAUUAACGUGAGCGAACAAUUUUUUUCGACUUUCGGCGUCUUGUUGUCUAUUUUGUAUACUUGUUGGCUUUCCAAAGUCAUUGUUUGUUUUACAAUAGCUAAAAUUGGGAGUCUUACUGCUUGUUUUCAAACUAUAUAAUAGAAGAAAAGAAGGAGAAAAAGCCAGAGUAUAUAUACUUAACAUCUAAACAUGACACUGGUGUGUGUAAAUAUAGCAAAGGCAAAGCCACGGAAUUUAAUACAAGUGAGCAAGUGACCUCAGUGUACCUCAAGACCAAGCCAGUUAAAAGUGAGUUUUUCAUGUUUAUUGGAUUUAAAAAGAUAACUCCUCCACAUGAUUGUGCAUUUUUAUAACUAUCCCAUGCUUUUUCAUCCGAAAUAAUCAUUGUUUUAUCUUCAAACUCCGAGUUUAUCCGCCGUAUAGCGAUUUAAACGGUCUCAAGAGACCGUAUAAGUUUACACGGUGGAUAGGCAAAAUUUAACCGGUGGAUAGCCCUAAACGGGCUUGAUACAACGCGAUUUCUCGAGCGUUUAAAUUUUAUCCAGCGGAUAGCGAGUUAAACGGUGGUUAGCGAGUUAAACGCCUUUGAUACAACCGGCCCCAGAUGAAUUUAGAUAAUGUGGUUUGUGUGGAAUGCACAGUAAUUUACAUUAUAGAAAUAAUUCGGAUUCAUUGCCACAUUUUGUGUCUUGAAAAUCACGACUCUCGAGAAAUUCGCCCGUAUUCUAAAAGCUCACUCACACUCAAUGAGUGGAGGUUCAAUCUGAGCUUCUCUUAGGUGCCAGUGCAGUUUUUGAAUAGCUGGAGGAUUAGUAUCGUACCUUAAUACAUGACUACUCACCCUCCAGCUAUUCAAAAACAGCAUUGACACUCAAGAGAAGCUCAGAUUGAACCUCCACUCAUUGAGUGUGAGUGAGCUUUUAGAAUACGGGCGAUUGAAUGCAAUGUACACAUUAUCUCUUCUUACUAGAUUUAUUGUGGGCGAACAAGCGCGAUUAUGGUGCACCAAAAGUGGUGAAGAACGAAAACAAGCUGUAUGUGAACAAUAUGCUAAAGCAUUUAGUAAUGACAAGGCGAAGACACCGCGUUAUUACAUUGAUAAGAACUGGCCUGCUGAGAAAUAUUCUGGAGGGUGUUAUGUCAGUGUUCUGCCCUGUGGAGUUUUGACGAGUUAUGGCGAAGCAUUAAGAAGAGCUGAAGGCAAUGUCUAUUUUGCAGGCACGGAAACGGCAACUACAUGGGCAGGUAUCAAGUUACAUUGCAUUAUGCACCAUUAUAUUGUAAUUGCAUUUAUAUUAUUUGUGCUAUAUUCAUAUUUCGUUACAUAACAUUGUAUUGUAUUGUAUUGUAUUGUAUUGUAUUGUAUUGUAUUGUAUUGUAUAUAAAAUUACAUUACCCUAACGUUGUAUACAUAAUUUGAGUAAAUUAAAGAACAUUACAUGCAUAAUAUUCCUUUGCCCUGAAAUACAUGUUUUUACUAUAAGUCUGUAUGGUACAUUAUAUAUAUGUCAUUAUACAUUACAGUAUAUUGCAUAGCAUUAUAUUUCAUAUUGUGAAGACCAAUUGACAUUGUUAAUUCUAUAAUUUAUCUUUUAAUUAUACAUUUCAUCAACAGCUAGGUAGCCUAACUUCAAUGAGUGAUCUAGGAGGUUUUCGACACAAUGUAUUGUGUGCCCAGUAUUUACUGUAAUAAUUGGAAAUUUUUUCAGGCUAUAUGGACGGUGCAGUAGAGGCUGGUGAACGUGCAGCUCGUGAAGUACUUCAUGCCAUGAAGAAAAUAUCAGAAGAAGAAAUCUACCAAGAUGAACCUCCCUCUGAAGAUAUCCCCCCAGUUCCCUGUGGUCUCACACCUCUGCAGUUAUGUUUACCUUCAGCACCUACAUUUUUAAUAGCUUUGAGUCUAGCGUACAUGGUUGGGUUUGCAUACUUGAAACGAUAUAAGAUGUAAUGAUUUUAUGGUAAACUCAGGAUUCGUACGCCCACCGGAAAUUCUGGAAACCCUGGAUUUUUAUUUUAGUUCUGGAAACCCCUUGAAAUGUCCUGGAAUUUCAAAGUGAACCCUGGAAAAUUAAACAUAUUCUGUUGCAAUAUGUUUGAUAACUAAACUUUCUUCCGCAUAGUAUAUGGAUCUUUUUUGACAGUGAUAUUACUUGAUAGCCCUAUUUAUGGUGAAAACUUAUUGGCGAAAUUACUUUUAUCAUAUUUUAAAUACCCCCUGGAAAACUGGUUGAAAAAGUCAUUGAAAGUGGAUUUUUAAAAUCGUGAAGGCGUACAAACUCUGUAUAAAACAGUCAUUGGAUUAUCAUUACCCCUGUAUGAUACACCGAAUUCCGGAAAUGACAAAAAUGUCAAAAUCAACUUCAAUAACUGUUUUACUAUACAUGGAGGGUGGUAAAGGAUGUUUUCGUGAGUCGCCAAUGUUUGUUCUCGUGAAAUGACGGAUUUUUGUCUCGUGAAGCGUGAUUUAAACGUCUAGCCGUGAGCUGCGAUUGUAAUUUUUGUCCGGAAGCGAGAAGAUUUUUGAAGAAAGUCUGGACGAGUAGUGACCGAGUACACAGAGCGAAUGUGAAGAAGAGCAAUGCUUUAUGCUUCGAAUGUAACAGUUUUACUGUGCAUGUAUUUUGUUUACAAGGCAUAUCGCUUGGUUUUAAAAGUCUCUCAAUUUUGAGUUUUCAGUGGUGAAAUUAGUUUCAAAAAUGUAAAAAUACGCUAACGCUUUAAGAAAGUCUAAUAAUACUCAACAUUGAAAAGAACAUUUAUGCAGUUAAAAAGUUGCGUAUGUGAAACGUGAAAUGCUGUUUUUCUUACGUGAAACGUGAUCCGAAGCCUCCCCUCCCCCCACACACACACACUUUACCACCCUCUACAUUGCAUUUUCAUCAAACUCCGGCAAACAAUGUACAAAGCAGCGUUUGGUUCUCAAGAAAUCAGUGAAAAAAAUAUCGUGAUUUGUCAGUGGUGAGCAGAUUAUUUAUUUGCCAAUACCCAAGACAUAGCCUAGCCCUAGGCUCUCUCUCGCGCGCGCUAUGCUUGGUUCAUAGGGGUACGAAGGGGUACUUGUGGUGGGAGAGGGGUAGCUGUGGGGAAGGGACCUUGCGCGGUGACGUCACAACUAACUGACGUCAUACCUAAGCCAGUUUUAUCGGUUCGUUUUUCGUUGCCCCUGCAGAACGGUUAGGGACUAGGCUGCCCAAGACAGAGGAAAGGAGGAGUGGAAGUGACGUGCGAAAGGUAGCAAGAUCGUGCUUUUUGUGUAUAAAAAACCUCGGUUUUGUAAUUUUGCGUUUCGUUGCGCUGUUUUUUUCUUGAAGCUAUGGGUGAAAAAAUCAAAUGAGUGUUUGGAAUUGUGAGUGAUGCGGGUAGCGCACGUAUCUGUGAAGAAUGCAGACAGCUCGAGGCAAGAGAGAGUAAAAAGAGAAAAUGGAGUUAAUAUUUGGGAUUACUCCUGAUGAGGUGGUGGAUCAGGCUGGUUUGGGGGGGUUGAGUUUAAAAUUCUUAUAAUGAUUUUAUUGAUAAUGAUUUAACAUGCUUUUUUGAUGUUUUUAAACAUUUCCUACGUUCCCCAGAGGCUGCGUCAAGUCAGCACACUCCUUGCGCAUGAGCAAAGCGCCGUUUGGAGAGAAACCUUUUGAAAAAAAAAACAACUAUAGUACUUGAUAUAAUAUAUUGAUCAUUUGUUUUUAACUUUGAGUUCGUGGAAUUUAUUUUACGUUAGAACAUAGACAGAUGGAUGAUAGAUAUGUAGUUUAUUAAAAAUACACAUUGUAGCUUAGAAGCUGAAUUGCGUACAAUCCAAAUUAAGUACAUACAAUUAAAAUAAGUACAAAUUAGGAAAAAGUGUCGUAAUAGUAUAUACAACUAUUUAGACGAAGGAAUAAAAGUGUUUAAAAUUAAAAGUCUGUUUGUGUUCACUGUGUAAUCAACCGACGUUAAGCAGUUUUGUUGAUUGCAAUUCGACUUUGGAAAUCUUGAAAAUCGGUUUCAUGCCAGACACCUCUACUGCCAAAAAAUGGUAUAAUUUGUCUAUACUACAGAUUUUCACUACAUAUUACUUUUAUACCAAAUACCCAGAAAGAUAGAAACAAGCAAGACAACUACCGGAAGAAGUCUAAAAAUGUACGUUUUAAGUAUUCCUCUAUCACAUUGUUGCUUUAUCCUCUCGGCAUGUUUUACCCAAAUAUGAGUUGGAGGUAGAACACCUGACUUCCAACGGGUCAGAACCUCCUGGAUAAUAGCUCUUGAUUCUUGAUAUUUCUUCUGUUGCAGAUACACAUCGGAUAACAAAAAUCUUGCACGGCCACAGUUUUCUAUCUCGAUGCUUCUCUUGAUAGCGUUCUCAGCAUCGUCAGCUUUACCAAGAGGCAGUAAUACUUCAGUCUUGCAACGCAGAGCAUAACUUAACUGGACAUGUUCCACAUCCUGAUAGAUUUCCUCCGCCCGUUUCACAAGUUCAAGCGCACGAUCAAUGUCAUUUAGUUCUUUGUACACAAGGGCAUAAGUCAUACACACACCUGCUACAUAAAUAUGAUUCUUUCCCAAAACAUUUUCGUAAAUGGUUAAUGCAUUAGAGUGCAACUUCAAUGAUUCAUUCAGCAGUUCAUUCUUUUUUCCCGGGUUAUCAAUCAUUUCCGCAUAGCGUAAGUAAAUUUUGGCCGAGUAGUUGGCUGCUUGUGCUCUCGUUAAGUGCCACUCGUCUGUCGUGAUCUCAGCCAUUUGACGUGCCUGGUCUGCUGUCUCUUUAGCUUUGGAUAUGUCUUGUUUCUCGCGGUAUAUUAUUGCCAAGUUACAAAGCCUCUCUAUAACCUCUUGAUGAUUGUCCCCGAAAGAUAUUUUAGCAAGAUGGAUCGACUCCUUCAUAGUCUGCUCUGCGAGGUCGAAUUUGGUCUGCAAUUUAUACGUCCACGAGAGAACAUUCAGUGUGGAUGAUUUUAGUGCUAUCCAUUCUUUGCUAUCUUCACCAUGCGUCAAGCGCAGACCUUCUUCUAACACAGUCACAGCUUCUUCUAACACAGCCACAGCUUCUUCAAAGCGAUUUGCUUCUCGGUAGUAGAAACCAAGGGUUUUAAGUACAUGACAGUACCGAAUACUUUUCAUUGGUUCGGGGAGACGAUGCGCAAUUUCAUGAGCAAGUUCACAAUAUGAGAUGCGUUCAGCUUCGGUAACACCAGGAACGUGAUAAAGACAAUCUGCAAGAAAGGCUAGGAUAACAACAAACUCUUCGCAAUCAGUCCAUUGUUGAGCUUUGCCAAAAUUAAUAAUCGACUUCAGAUGCGGACUUGCUAACACCUUAAGGGAGACGCUAGUUCGAUCGUAAUCUGAAAUCGCUUUUUCCAAACUUUCUCGUAAGGAAUGUAGUAAAGAGGCGUAUUCCUUUCUCCUUUCCUCGGUAUCUAAUUUUUGCGCGGCAGCCCGUUCCUCUCUUACGCUUACGAAUGCUUCUCCCAUUACCUGAUGGAAUUCAAUAUUUUCCACUGUUUCAAAUGAGGAGGAAGAAUUUGACAGUAAAGAACAGCGUGAAAUUUCAGCCAUGAUCUCAUCACUUAUUGCAUCACACGAAAGCGAGGCUUGGACAAAGUUUGAAACAAUGACUAAAGGUACCGGGCUUAUGGUGCAAUAUGACAGGAAGUCAAAUGCAUGACGAAGGACAUUGCUAUAUUCAGCUAGGCGGUUUGUAGCCAGUCGUGCAGCAACAACCAUCGAAUGGGGAUAGACGUUGGCUUCAAAAGCUCGAAAUGUCAGCUUGCCUUUGUGUUUCCGAUACAGUUCGAGAAAGUUUCUCCACGAGAAAUUACUAGAUGGACGAUCUGUAAUCAUCUGACUAACAUAGGUCGCUGAGCACGCAAGAGAUAGUGGGAAAAAAUCCAGUUCUCUUGCUAAACAUACGGCAAAUUCAUCUUCUUUAAGACCACUGAUUUUCCCAAGCAAAUUUACUGCAUCUUUUUCUUCCAAUCCGUGCAUCAAUGUGUACGUUUUAGCGUAUUCAUGACAGACUGGAGCAAGAUCACUAUUUUGGGAGGUUAUGAUAAUUUUGCCAUCUCCCCAAUUUUCACAACCGGGUUGCGGUAAUAUUCCUUUAAAAUCUUUAUCACAAAACAUAUUGUCGAAAAUUAG